AUGCUCCAGAAAAUCACAAACACUGUUGAUCUUUAUCAAGAUCAAGCUGAUCUGGCCAAUCUUGCAUCUCUCUGCUCUACUGGCCUGUCAGAAGCAUGGGAUAGGCGCCCAUAUCUCGAUGAGCUCAUUGCAAAAGCGAGGAUUGAACCUUUAACGGUACUGGCUGCAACUGAUGGCUCUGUCCCUCAGUCCAACCAGUAUCAGGCAGCUUUGGCCACCAUCAUCUACAAGGGACAUUGUGAGCUCGAAAGGACUCGCUAUGUCUCUGGCAGGGUAACCGCCCCUGAUGCGGAACUCAAUGCCAUCUCAUGUGCAGUGCGCCUUGCUGUCAAGCAGGCAAACUGCCAACAUAUUAUGGUCUUUACUGACUCUAUGGGCUCAGCCCACAGAGCGGUGGACCCUUCCAUACACUCUGGCCAGGCUUUCAGUCUGUCAGUCUGUCGCGCUCUCCAAGAGUGGUUCAAGGCGGAUGAUCUCCGCCGCAUCACCUUCGUUUACAUUCCAUCUGCAUUGCAGUGGGAUAUCCAUGGUGAGGCACACAAGUAUGUCACCGAACUCAAAGUUAGGGUUGGACGCCGCAAGACGGACAACUCUAUAGACACGCUAUGCUCCAAAGCUGCGCACUCAGUCCUGGAUUCGUGGAGUUCCACUUUCCAGGAUCCAACCUACCAGGGCUCUGAAUUCUUAGAGCUUCAAUGGCCUGACAGGCAGCCAAUUCAGCCAUCGUACCUCAAUGGGGGACCUUGGCUUUCAACCUUCGGACACAGUAUCACUGAGUUCGCUUGUGUCUGCCAGUGUAUAACUGGCCACACACCCAUUAGAGCGUAUUACCGUCGCUUCAAGAUUAAUGAGCCUCAUGGCUGCACUUGCGGGGCUGCUUUGCAGUCUCGCCAGCAUGUCCUCUUUUGCUGCCGUGAUAGAUAUUCUGUACACUAUCCCCAUCCCCGUUUCCUCAGGGAUAUUGCAUCAUUUCUGAAGCACAACCCUACAGCAUUUGGCUUCAACUGGGACCCCUCAGGUGUCGGAUAA